CAACACAAGAGGGCGGCUCUUAUUUUUCACCGAAUGGAAACCCUCGAGCCAUGCCACUCCGAGGCCUCCAACGUUUCGGUCACGUCGGAGGAAUCUCCGACGACCCAAAACAUUAAUAAGACCAAGAAGAAUGAAGAAGAAGAAGAAUACAACUCAAAACACGAAACUGCCACGUCUCGUGUUCUGCUAGAUCUCAAGCUGGCCAAUCACGACGAGCUGAUGAGCCCUAGCUCGAAGCUCGAGCUCGAACUUCUCAACUCUCCCAACCCCAGCGAAUCCAACAACGAGGCCAACCCCCGGCCCCCGGAGUCCAAAACUUUCACUUGCAGCUUUUGCAGGAGGGAGUUUUCGACUUCGCAAGCCCUCGGAGGCCACCAAAACGCCCACAAACAAGAGAGGGCAUUGGCCAAGCACCGCCACAACAUGGUGGACAUGACGGCCGCCGGUGGCGGCGCUCCCCCGCCGCCGUACGGCCUCCCGGGGUACUCCUACUACCCCUACUCAGCAUUCCCUAUUCAUGGAAGCUUCAGUAGGCCGCUUGGGAUUAGGGCAGAAUCCAUCAUUCAGAAACCCUAUUCCUACCAUCAAACAUGGCCGCCGUUGUCGUUCGCCUGCCGUAUCUCCCGGGAAAAGAUGCCGAGGGCUUUCUUGAUAAGCCCAUCGCCAUCAACGCCGUAUGAUGGAAUGAAGGUGGAAAAUUUUCAGCCGCGGGGAUCUCUGAAUUUAGGGGGAAACCCUAACCCUACCGUUACUGAUAUUAAUGCAUGUCAUGGAGCCACAAACAAGGCCAACGAAGGUGAUGAUAACGGACAUCAACGGCUGAAAUUUGGCGGCGGCGAUCAACGUGAUGCUUCAGGACUUGAUUUGGAGCUUAAGCUAUGAUUUCGUUUUCCUCUUCUUCAUUUUUUAGGUUAGGAUUUUGAUUCAAUUUAUUACAUUGUUAAUUAUCAUGGAUUUCAAGAGUUGAUUGUAUGUUUCUGCAU